GAUUACUCUCCGAAAGUGUAGGGCGGUGGUCGCGGUGCGUUCGUACGGACGGCGAAAACAUCGAUCGAACCUGCGGGCGUUUGGUUUAGGAGUUUGUGUUUCUUCCUCUUCAGCUCUUCUGGUGUUCAUUUGUUGUAUGAUCGUAAUUUUGAAAGUGCAUAAUGUCCCGAUACUCCACGAUGAGUGUCUUUAGUGUCCUUUUCCUCUUGCUGGUCGCCUCCACUGUUCAGGCCAUCUUCCAUAAAAACUCUCCAACGGAUAACAGCAAUCUAACCAUUGGCAACUUUAUCGAUUUCACUCAACUGUUGGGCAUCGAUUACGGUCGGCCGACGCUCCGCCGACGCUACGACUACGUGAUAGUGGGAGCCGGACCAGCUGGCAGUGUUCUGGCCGCUCGACUGACCGAAGAUCCGGCCGUAACGGUGCUGCUGCUAGAGGCUGGCCGGGCCGAGAUCCCGCUAGUGUCCGACGUACCGCUGGCAGCUCCGAACCUGCAGUCGACGGACUACAACUUUGCGUACGAAUCGGAACCGCAGACACGUGGCUGCUUGGGGCUGUGGGAUCGCAAGUGUAGCUGGCCGCACGGGCGCGGUAUCGGCGGUUCGUCCAUCAUCAACUACAUGAUCUACACGCGCGGCAAUCGGCGCGACUACGAUGCGUGGGCCGCGGCCGGAAACCCGGGCUGGAGCUGGGACGAGAUGCUGCCGUACCACAUCCGCUCGGAACGCGCGAACGUUCGAGACUUUGAUCGGAACGGAUUCCACGGUCGCAGCGGACCGCUGUCGGUAGAGGACUGUCCGUUUAGGUCAAAAAUAGCCACCACCUUCGUGGAGAGUGCACAGCGGGCGGGCUACCCUUACCUUGACUAUAAUGCCGGCGACCAGCUCGGCGUGUCCUUCCUGCAGGCAAACACGCUGCAGGGCCGGCGCGUCACCAGCGGCAACGCGUACCUUUACCCAGCCCGGAAGCGUCCCAAUCUACACAUCCUGACCAGCGCUUGGGUAACCAGGGUGCUCAUCAAUAAAGCGACCAAAGAAGCUACCGGCGUGGUGUUUGUGCGCGACGGCAAAACGCAAUCGGUCACCGCGCGCAAGGAGGUCAUCCUGUCGGCGGGCGCUUUCGAGAGCGCCAAGCUGCUGAUGCUGUCGGGCGUAGGUCCGGCGGACCAUCUGGCAUCGUUCCGCAUUCCGGUGGUGCAGAAUCUGCCCGUCGGCGAGCUGCUGUACGAGCAUCCGGGCGUGUUUGGGCCUGUGUUUAUCGUGCACCAGCCGAUCGAUAACUACGUCAGCCUGGAUGAGAGCAUCAACUUUAGCAACAUCGUGCAGUAUCUGAAGGGACGCGGCGUGUUUACGACUAACUCGGUGGAGAGCUUGAUGUACGUAAAGUCGCCGGUCGCGGAAAGUCCCGAUCCGGGGCUGCCGGACGUGGAAAUCAUGCAAGCGUUCUCGUCGAUCGACUUCGACACGGGUACGGGUACGCCACGUGCAUUCCGGCUCACCAAUGCGACCUACGACGGAUACUUCCGACCGAUCAUGAACCUGCGCUCCUUCCAGUAUCUACCGAUGCUGAUGAAGCCGUACACGAAGGGCAAGCUGCGGCUACGGUCCACCAAUCCGUUCAACCAUCCGCUGUUCCAGUAUCGCUACUUCGAGGAUGAUCGCGACAUUGAGGCGCUGGUGUACGGCAUGCAGGAGGCGAUUCGUGUCACCUCGCAGGAACCGUUCCGUCGGUUGGGCGUGGAGCUGUACCGCAAGCAGGUGCCGGGAUGUGAGCAGCACCCGUUCGGCACGCACCAGUACUGGCGCUGCCACGUCAUGACGCUGACGGCGACGUUCCACCAUCAGGUCGCGACCUGCAAGAUGGGUCCACCCAGCGAUCCGGAAGCGGUGGUCGAUCACGAGCUGCGGGUGUACGGUAUGCGGAGGCUGCGGGUCGUCGAUAUCGGCGUGGUUCCCUUCCCACCGACCGCACACACGGCGGCCGUCGCGUUCGUGAUCGGCGAGAAGGCAGCCGAUCUUGUGCGGGAUGCGGCCCGCAAGGAGGACUACAGAGUCCGCGAAAAGCACUCAUCCUUGCCGGUGCAGUCGGCGCGCUGGUCUCCGUUUGAAUGGCCAUUCCCUGAUCGAAGCAUGGCUCAAUUUUUAAGUGCUGUGAUUGGUUUGUUGUUCCUGGUCUUGGGAGGUGCUGUGAUACCUUCCCGUGCGCUUAUUAGUCUAAGCAACAUUACGAGUCUUAUCUACGAUGCGAAAGAGAUCAAUUACGGUCACCACUCGCUGCUGGAUUCGUACGACUUCAUCAUAGUGGGUGCUGGACCGGCAGGAUGCGUACUGGCUAAUCGGCUAACGGAGGAUCCAGCUGUCUCGGUGUUGCUGCUUGAGAUUGGCAAGGGUGAGAUCCCGCUAUUCACUGACUCCCCACUGGUUGGGCCGAUUCUAGCCGCGACGGAUUACAAUUUUGGGUAUGAAACGGAGAAGCAGCGGUAUGGAUGCCUGGGACUGCGCGGUGGUCGUUGCAGCUGGGCGCACGGUCGUGGCGUUGGCGGAUCGUCCAUCAUUAACAAUGUGAUUUACACGCGCGGUAACCGGCGGGAUUACGAUUCGUGGGCUCGAGCGGGCAAUGAGGGUUGGAGUUGGAACGAUGUGUUACCACUGUUUAAGCGCAUCGAGACGGCCAACAUUCGUGACUUUGGUGAUAAUGGAUUCCACGGUACCAGAGGUCGGCUGUCGGUGGAAGAUUGUCCGUUCAGGUCGGAUAUCGCAAGGGCGUUUGUGAAGAGUGCCGAGUCCGCAGGCUACCGCUAUCUGGACUAUAAUGCGGGCGAUAACUUGGGUGUAUCGUUCCUGCAAGCGCACACUCGCAAUGGACGGCGAGCAACGGGCGGUAACAGCUACCUGCGGGACAUUGUGGAUCGCCCGAAUCUGCACAUCGUUACACGGGCCUGGGUCACCAAGAUCCUGAUCGAUCCUGAUACAAAGACAGCCACCGGGGUACGGCUACUCCAUAACCGCCAGUAUCACGAGGUGGACGCUGAACGUGAAGUUAUACUCUCGGCGGGAGCAUUCGAAAGUCCCAAGCUUCUGAUGCUUUCGGGAAUAGGACCUGCCAAGCAUCUGCGAGAGCAUGGCAUCAAGCUCGUCAGCGAUCUGCCCGUCGGUCGCAAGGUGUACGAGCACGGUGGCGUCUUUGGACCGAUCUUUAUCGUUCGCGAGCCCUCCGACAAUCUGGUGAGCUUCGAACAACUGGCUAACGCUGGAGAGUUUCUUCGCUUCCGCAACGGUUCCGGACCACUGACAACGAACUCGGUCGAGAGCCUGCUCUACGUAAAGUCACCGUUUGCCGAGGAUCCCGACCCAGACUAUCCGGACGUGGAGGUAAUGCAAGCGUUCACAUCGUUCAGCUUUGACACUACGCCGGGAUCGCGUAGCGCUUACUAUCUCACCGAUCGGAUGUACAACGAGUAUUUCCGGCCGUUGGCAAACACGAGAAACUUUAUGUUUCUGCCAAUGUUGCUCAAGCCACGGGCGGUGGGACGGGUCGAGCUGAAGUCGUCCAACCCAUUCAACCAUCCGAUGUUCCGAUACCAAUACUUUGAGGAUGAGCGCGAUGUCGAUGCGCUGGUGUACGCGAUCAAGGAGGUGAUACGGAUCAGCACCAAGGCGCCGUUGCGAAGGUUUGGCGUCGAGCUGUACAGCCGCAAAGUGCCCGGUUGUCAGUAUAUGGCGUUCAAUACGAUCGACUAUUGGAGGUGUCACGUGCGCCACCUGACGGCGACAUUCCAGCAUCAGGUGGCCACCUGCAAGAUGGGUCCUCCCCAAGACCCCGAAGCGGUCGUCGAUAGCCGUCUGCGGGUGUACGGCAUCAAAGGGUUGCGGGUGGCCGACGUCGGUAUCAUUCCGGAGGCCCCAACCGGUCACACCUGUGCGCACAGCUUUCUUAUCGGGGAAAAAGCGGCUGAUCUAAUCAAAGAAGAUCAUCGACUUCACUAAACGUGCUAACUUC